UCAUCAGGUAUAUCUGCGUUUUUUCCUCCUAAGAAGCCAAGUACAAGAUGAAUGUAGUGUUUGCUAUUUCAGUCGUCAGCACGCUGCUGAUUUGCCAGGCUGAUAUCACCCUAAGUCAAUGUGAUCAAGCUGAUUGGUCGGUUAGUUUGGACAGGGCCACGUGGUCUACCUGUCCUAACAGUAUGACCUACCUCAGGGGGAUGUGGAGAAAUGAUCGACACCCUGGAGACGAGAGAGUUGGUCGCAUUGAGUAUGGAAGGUGCUGUCGGGCAACAGAACCAACUUAUGUCCACAAACCUUCCACAUGUUCAAACGCGAAUUGGCUUCACACGCUGGAUAGAAAUCAUGUCUGGGCACUGUGCCCUAAUGGUUACUACAUGCAAGGUAUGAGGCUCGGCGCUGGUCCGCCAGCCUAUCUGCUCCACAUUGACGAGGCAAAAUGUUGCCACCCUCAGGGUCAUCCAAACAGUUAUGAACACUGUUACGAUCAAGAUGUCACAUAUUCCUUCGACAAUAAAGGUUGGAGCGAGUGCCAACAGGCGGGCUACUACAUGACUGGCUUCUACAAAAGCAACUGCAACGAUAUUUAUUGCAUCGAAAAAUUUCGAUGCUGCAAGAUGAAAAAAGCUGCUGUUAAUGGCGGAUGGAGCAGCUUCGGACCUUGGGGACAAUGCAGUGCUACAUGUGGGGGUGGAACCCAAGAACGCUCACGAACCUGUACAAAUCCCCCUCCGUCGGGCGGUGGAGCGCAAUGUGUAGGGCCCAGCAAAGAAACACAAGCCUGUAAUACUCAUGAAUGCCCUGUGAACGGUGGUUGGAGUGACUGGGGAGACUGGGGACAAUGCAGCGCUUCAUGCGGUGAUGGGCAGCACGCACGCUCGCGCACUUGCACCAAUCCCCCUCCGUCAGGUGGUGGGGCACAGUGUUCAGGAGACAGCCAAGAAACACGGACUUGCAAUAAUGGACCUUGCAAUGUUGACGGAGGGUGGAGUAACUGGUCAAACUAUAGUGAGUGUAGCGAGAGCUGCGGCAAGGGGAAAAAAUAUAAAUAUCGAACGUGCACCAAUCCACCCCCGUCAGGCGACGGAAAGGACUGUAGAGGAAAAGCGAGGAAGGGAAAGAAAUGUAAAGUGGCUUCGUGCAGAGGAAAUUGAAAGGAAAGGAAAUCCGCUAGAUUUAAGAUAUACCAGUGAGGUUAGUU